UCAUUGGCUGGUAGGGUCAUCACUCAGUGACAUCACGAGAGGGGGGACGAGAGGAGGAGCCAUAGAGACUUGGCCUCGGGUAGUCUUAGGUUGUGGGUGCAAGCCGAAUCGGAAAGGAAGUGGGGGGCCCGCGGCGGCCGUUCCGGGGGCCCCAAGUCGUCGGCUGUUACGGGAUGGUCCGCGCCUUUGUUGUCGUCUUCGGGAUCCGCUCCCUCAGCUUCCAGUUCCUCCCGGCAGCGCCCACUAUAGCCUGGCGGCUUCCAGUGCUCACCGCGCUCUCCUCAUCCCUCGAUUCACCCCACGCUCGGCCCCUCAACUCGGAAGCUUAGAGUCCAUCCCUCCUCCUCCCGCGCUUCGCCUCUAAUUUCCGUCCCACGGCCUGCGCACUCCUGCUCCUCUUCAUUCCCAACACCCCGGAUCCCAGCAUAGGGUCACGGUGCCUGUUCCGGUCCCAUCCCGCAUUCUCCUCCCCAACAAAACCUGGGAGCCCCCGCCACAGCGGCCCGUCCCACCCCACGCGCGCCAAAGCCGCUGGCCGAGGAGCGAGGGCGAGCUCGACCUCCGCGUGGUGACCAUCCGCCGGCAGAGGUGACCUGGAAGCCGGGCCUAGAGCAGAAUCGCCGCCGCGCAGAUCCGGGCUCCCCCAGCGAAGCGCCGUGCAGAGCCUUAGUUCAGUGGCAGAGUUUGCAGCCAAGAAGCUCCCGAUCUCCUGUGAGCCUCGAGACCCAGUGCUAAGGCUCCUCGCCGCCCCUAACCGAGAGCGCCAGAGAUUGAACCUUUGCAGUGGGUCUACAUCCCCAGCUUUUUUUAUUUUGGUUUGUCUUAUUUUUCAUAGAGAGUCUAGCUACAUUUCUAAUUUGCCUAGGCUGAGUUGGAAUUCAUCGUCGUUGGGCCUUAGCCUCACACAGUACUGGGAUUUAUAGGCCUUCACCACUACUCACGGUUUGAGUAAGCGUAUUUAAAUGUACAGAGAUGGGUGUGGUGUCACACGCCUCGAAUCCCAGUCUAUGGGGAGUUGAGAUAGGAGGAGGAUCGCUGUGAGUUCCUGGCCAGUCUGGGCAAUGUAGCGAGUUUAAGACCAACCUGAACGACAUAGAGAGAGGAAAAAACAAAACAAACAAACAAACAAAAUAUAUGUGUGUGUGUGUGUGUGUGUGUGUGUGUAUUAGAGCAACCUUAGUUGAGGCUCUGGUUGCUAGCCCUAAAAAUUCUUUUUUUUUUUUUUUUUUGAGACAGGGUCUCGCUGUGCAGUUCAGGCUGGCCUUGAACUCGCUUUGUAACCCAGGCUGGUCUCGAACUCGCAACGAUCCUCCCACCUCAGCCUCCCAAGUGCUGGGAUUACAGGCAUGAGCCACCAUGCCCGGCUAGAAACUCUUACCUGUGUACUCCAACCAUUAGUAGGCACCAUGUAUCUUUAUUGCACCAUAAAUGAGAUCAGUUAAGUACCUUCAGAUUUUAGGAUUUGUGGUAGUUUGGCCAAGUACGGAAAAAGCUAACUAAAAACAAAUCCAAGAUAUUUGUUUUCUACUUAUAUUUUUAGGAAACAGGUAGGAGUAUCUUUCUUAUCCUCCUAAAUAUUGGGCAACUGUUCAAGUUAGAUUACUACAUACUGUGAAUCAGAAAUAAAAAUGUCUUUGGAAACCAUGUUAUCAUCAUGAACAUCAUUAUCUUAUGGAUCAUUUCUAUGUGUUGGAAUCCCCAAGUACCAUUCCCAAAUCCAGAGGUCUCUACGUUGAUUAGUUAAGACAAAAUUAAAUAUGACCUUCUACAGUUGUAAUUCAGUCUUGGCAAUAGCCCGCACAAGGUUCCUUAGCCAUUUGGUCCAGCCCGGCUGCCCUUCUCCUUCCCCAUCGCUUGUGCUUCUUCACUUGCCAGAUUCGUACUUAAAAAAGAUGUACAUGAAGAGCUGCAGAAGUGAGGAGCACUAUCACCCCAGUCAGUCAGGCACAGCAGCAGUUUGUGCGGGAACUAGACUCGGGCAAAAGCUUCACACGUCAGCUAGCUGGUUACAGCAGGGCUCUGGGGAACCUCAGCCAGAGCAAAACCCAGGAAAACCCAAGGGGACAAGUCCACAGCCUGCGGAAGACACUGGAACAAAGAUUAAAGAAGGAAAGCAAUCUUAUAGACAAAAAAUUGUGGCUGAAUUUAAAUAUUAUUACAAUGGAUUCUACUUACUUUGGAAUGACACCAAAGUUGCUGCCAGGAUGGUUUGGAGGCUGCUGCAUGGGCAGGUACUGACCCGGAGAGAGAGGCGAAGGCUAUUGAGAACCUGUGUUGAUUUCUUCCGUUUGGUUCCAUUCAUGAUAUUCAUAAUCGUACCCUUCAUGGAAUUCUUGAUACCAGUGUUUCUGAAACUCUUCCCAGAUAUGUUGCCAUCAACUUUUGAAAGUGAAUCCAAAAAGGAAGAGAAGCAGAGAAAGAAAAUGGCUGCAAAGUUGGAACUAGCAAAGUUCCUUCAAGAAACCAUUACGGAAAUGGCCAGGAGGAACAGAGCCAAGUUGGGAGAGGCCUCUACACAGCUCUCGUCCUAUGUAAAACAGGUCCAGACAGGCCACAAACCCAGCACAAAAGAGAUAGUUGGCUUUUCCAAACUCUUCGAGGACCAGCUGACCCUGGAGCACCUAGAUCGGCCUCAACUGGUUGCUCUUUGCAAACUGCUAGAACUACAAACUUUUGGAACGAACAAUUUGCUUCGCUUUCAGCUCCUGAUGACCCUGAAAUCUAUAAAAGCAGACGACAGAAUAAUCGCCAAAGAAGGGGUGAAAGAUUUGAGUGUAUCAGAACUGCAGGCUGCCUGUCGGGCCCGAGGCAUGCGGUCACUGGGCCUCACCGAGGAACAGCUGCGACAGCAGCUCACAGAGUGGCUGGAUCUGCACCUGCAGGAGAACGUGCCCCCGUCUCUGCUGCUGCUGUCUCGUACCUUCUACCUGAUAGAUGUGAAGCCAAAGCCGAUUGAGAUACCACAGCACAGCCAGGAUGAAGAAUUGUUGCAGCCACCACCAGUACCAUCCUCGUCACCAAAGUCACCACCAACACCUCUCUAGUUACCCAUCCCUUCUUCUAAAGAAGCGGUAAAUAUCUAAAAAGAAAGUUUAAAAAAAAAAAAGUCUGAGAAACAAACAAAAGACCUUUUCCUUGAGUUGUCUCCAAGGGCAGUGAGACUAGACUUACAGCAUUGCAAAACAGCACAUUAAUUCUUCCCGUCAACCAAACAGGAAGUUGCUGGGUGAAAUUUAGUCAUCUUAUAACCACUGCAUUUCUUAGUACAGUUAUCCAAAAGUGGAAAAAAUAAUUACCAACCAAUGCAAUGGUGAACCAGCCCUAACCAUGUUACAUCUAACAGCUAAUUAGCAUAUAGGCAGAUCCUUAUUUUCUAAUGCGCCACAUGGAAAUAGCUUCCCUAUGCUGUAUACUUUACACAGGCUUCUGAUCUCAGGAAAGCAAUUUAAAUAUUAAGAGCAGAGCACAUAAAUAAGAAGUUACUUUUCUGUCUACUUAUCUCAUCUGGGUGAAGGAAUCCGGGGCAAGGGCAGAAAGCAUGACACGAGUAAACAGUAGGCAGGUCACCGGAGCCCUGAACUGUGACGUGGCCAUGGCCAGCCAGUGCUGCUGGCGGAAGAGUCCGUGACACCCAGAUGAGGUAAGCACAUGGUGACCCCAGCACAUGGAGGGCUGUUUGCAUUCAUUUGUGUCACCAAGGCAAAUCAAACAAGCUGAUACUGAAAAACAAGGCAUCUCUGAAGAGCCGACGUGAUGAUUGUGACUAGUGCCUCACGGAAGUUCUUGUUUCAUACCCAAGUCCUCCAGGCCGAACCCAGAAGACGUCCCGAAUAGCAAGGCAAGUUCAAAGGGAGCCUAAGGACGGCAGUGCUUGAAGGCAGCCUCCGCCCACACCGGCAGUGGCACCUGUGGACACUACCUGCAGCCAGAGGGCCAGCCAGUUAGUCCUGGGGGCAAGCCUGAGGCCGGGUAGCCUCCGGGGCGAUGUCUGCUGCCUCUUAGAGGAAGAAAGGCCAUUGCAGUGUUUUCUCCAUGGCACUGUCGUUCCACUAAAGCCUGUGCAGAGCCCACCCCACCAUGUUGUUUUUGAGUCAGGUUUCAGUUAUUGCAUAAUAGGAUCCACUCAGUACCCCAGAUUCUCCUGCGGCUGCUGAUGUGGAACCCUGAGUUGGAACUUGCAGGCUCCUAAAGCCAUCCUACCGGCACUUGGCCAGCCUUCUCAGAACCACUCAUCAGUUGGGGCAGUGCCCUGGAAAUAGCGCCUAGGUGGGAUGGAUGAACUUCCCAGGAAGGUUCUUCCUGGAAAUGAAGAAAGGAAAGGAGCUUAGAGGAGGUGGGAAGCCUCACAAAUGGGCAGUCACAAAGGCCUGGCUGCUGUAUAGCUGGCCCGGCAGGCUGCAGGAAUCAGGGAGGUGGCCACUGUCCUGGCACAUGUGGCUUUCAUUAGCCAUCAUUUCCCUCAGAAACAUAAUUAAGGACUUAAGGCUUAACCAUUUGUUUGUGCUGGGUGGGUUUUUCUGGUCAGAUUGUCUUUCACAAAGAGGACUGUUAGUCAUAGAGUGGUGAAGUCAGAUAGAAUCCCCUGUGCUCGACGAACAUGUCCUCCAUUCGGGUAUUUCCAUCAGUGUUCUCACACUGGAAUCGCUGGACAGGAUGGCUAACCAAGAGCUUUCUUCCCUUGCUAAGAGGUAAAGUAAAACUCAACAUCUGCUCUGCCUGGAGCCACCCAGAUGAGAAAUGUCAUCAGCACUUCACAGCAAGAUUGUGUGCUUCAUACACUUAAGCUUCUCCAUUAGAGGACAAGCCCCAGCUGGCCCCAGAACUACCCUACCGUGCAGACACAGCAUUUCACACAUCUGCUAUUGGCCAAGUCGGGUGAUUCAUGAUAAAAUUCCAGUUUUAAAAUAAUGGGUGUUAGUCUACAUUUCAGGUGUUAAAUGUGAGGGACUGGCUUGUUAACUUGGCUGCACGUGCUGCUUGUUGAACAGUCCUGCAAUUCUCCUUGGCCUUAACUGUGAGCAGAAGGGCAGUGGUUAGGCGGAGGGGCCGCAGUUGGCCUUCAUCUGUUUUUGCACAUCGAGACCCCACUCUUCUCUUCUGACCAUUCUGACACUGCUGACCCUAGAGUAAUGGAUAUUUCUUUGUGCUCAUAAUUUUGGGUGCUUCCAAGAUUGCUAGUUCUUUUUUUUUUUUUUUUUUUUGUCUUUUUCGUUUUUAUCGGUACCAGGGAUCGAACUCACGACUGCCUGCUUGCAAGGCAGGCGCUUAUGACACUGAGCUAAAUCCCCAGCCCCAAGAUUGCUAGUUCUAACCCCACGCCGAAACCCAGCUGAUGGAGCUUUGGUAAAUGGUUAGUAAUCAACUUUGAGGAAAAACAGCUCAAUCUAUAGCAUCCUCAGAUGCCAGUUAUGUAAAUAAAUAUCCCCUCUGAAGCUGAGGCUGGCUACCAUGACCAGUGAUGAGCUACAGCCCUUGCAAGGCCUCUGCAGCUACCGCUGGCCCUUCUGGAGUUGAGAGAUGGCUGACUGGCAAGCAUGACCACGAACCCACAUCUGUGUGCCAAGGCACACUGGGAGGCAGAGCUGGAAGGCUCUGAAUACUAUAAAGCGCCAACCAAAAGGGACCGGCCCAGAUGGUCUUGACAUCUGGGCCCUGCCUGGUCUUGCCCCUCCUGGCUCUCAUCAUCUGAAGGAAUGGGAGGCCAAGCUGGUCUGCUUCAAAGCUUUCUGUUUCCUGUGCUUACCCUGUCUUUUCCUGCAAAUGCCUUGGCUCCCCCAGCUAAUAACCUCCCUGGCUCAGAUGUUAGGCAUUCUCCAGUGCAAACUGCAGUGAUGUUACACUUGGCCUGUCUCACACAGAAUUCUGCUGCGCUGUGGGAGGCAGACAGACAGAUACACACUUAACAAGUUUUGAGACAAGAGUCUUCCUCCCUAACCCAGCCUGGCCUUAACUCCCAACAACCCUGCCUCAGCUCCCAAGUGCUAAACUAUAGGCGUAUGGCACCAUGCCCAGUACCCCAUGUCUAGUUGUGUAAUCAUUAAAAAUCUUAGGGGUAAGGAUUGGGGCUGUAGCUCAGUGGCAGGAUACAACCCCAGCGUGUGUGUGUGUGGGGGGGCGUGUCCAGUAAAGCAAAUGCUCCCUAGUGUGAACCUAGACCGAAGACCUCCCACUCACUAGUACAGCACUCAAGAGGUCAGAUGUUCAAAGCAGAUUGAAUUCAGACUCGUGGAGAUUUUAGCUCACUGGCUCCACCCAGCGUUUGCUAAUAGCAACAGUGUGACUUCAUUAAGGAUAAGAUGAGAUUUCUUGAUGCAUCUCAUGUUCAAUCUUACUUACCUGAGAUCGAUACAUUACAUUAGGAGCACCAAGGGACUGAUGAUAUCCAGCCCUGAGCAAUUAGGACAGACAGUAUUGAUUAAUGCUGUGGAGGUCCCAGGACCUAAUCUUAACCCUGAGGAAGCCAGGCACAUUCAGUGCCUUGACAACACGGUCUUCAUUAGGUAAACGGGAAUCCUUUUCCCGAGAGACCUUACCUAGUCAUCUAAGUAAAAUAGCCACUUCAUUUUCUCUUAGGUCAAUUUUACUAUCUUUUAUUUGACAGCCAGCUCAGUCUCCGGGGAAAUUUGUGGGUGAUUCGAGUAGUAACAGCAAGGACAUCACUGUUACAAUAACGGUGGCUUGUAUUUCUCUAGCACCUCUCUUGAAUGCGUAUGAAUUCCUUUGCAGACCCUCCAACCAUUCACAUGUACCAAAGCAGGGCCACGGCAAAAAUUAUCACUGUUUUACAAGGAAAGACACUGUGUGCGAUCUCAAAGCAAAUGAUUUUAAGAGAUGAAUUCAUUUCCUGGCUCUGUUCACCAAAGUGUAUCUUCUUUAAACACAAUGUUCACCAAAGUGUAUCUUCUUUAAACACAAACAGAAGCCCUAAUAUGUUGACAGUUGUGCAUUUGGAGGAAAACAAAAGCAGGAGAAUUUUAUAAUAGUUAUCACUGCAGCUACCCAAAACCAUGCAGCUCAGAAAGGGAAAUGCAAAGCAGCAGUCCCAUCUUCCCACAGAGACAAAAGCAUGUGGCGCUGUCUAUGUCCAGCAGAAAAUAAACUGUGAGGACAGAGGCUGAGUAGGCUGAACAAUAAGGUGCCGAGGAGCCAGAGUCCACCUGGUGAGGACAGUGACAACCAGCAGGUGGCAGAAGCUUCCGGGGAGUGAAAAAAACCAGUUACGGGGUGGAGUUUGUACAGGAGGGUCCAUAGGAAGUGAAGAUCUGUGACAGUCCUGCAGAGGCAGGAGGAAUGCUUUGAGGAAGGGUAAUCAACAGUCAGGUUGGAGGAGAAAAGCAGUCAGCCCGAGUGCAGAGCUAGCCUCAGGACACACAUUUUCUGUCCCUAGCCACAGGCUAUACCUCAACUGCAGGCAAAGGGCAGGCCUCUCGGCCUCAAGUGGGCCUUCCUGCUUGACCCCAGGGUCCCUCCCUCCGUGGCCCACCCACCGGCAUCCCGAGGGACAGUCUGUGGGCAUGGGUGGCUGGGCCCUGGCUCUCUGCCUGGCACUGUGGGGCACAGACAGGAGGUUUCUGCCCACCACUGGAAAGUUGUCUUUUCCUGUCUUCCCAAAAGCUUCAGAGAUAGGAGGAGGUCAGGGUAUACGACUUAGGAGACGAGAUGACAAGAACACUUUGGGGAAUGUGCAGGUCUGACGGACAGACAGCCCGAGGGCCUUAGCCUCCCUUCUCUCCAGGGGACACCUGCUCCCUUUUCAUACAGCCUGGAUAAAAAUGAAGCAGCAGCAAUUUUUAUUGAGGGACCUAAACUGAAAAUAGGUUUAGAACAUAAUUUAAAAAAAUAAAACAGCAAAAGUAGCAAAAAAUAUAUGACCUUUUUAAAAACAUUUUCCUUUUUUUUUUUUUUUCCUUUUUUCUUUGUUUUUAAUAUA